AUGUCAUUUAGAUUUAACGAGGAUGUGUUCGGUGACAACUCUUUCAAUGAACGAAUACGGGAAAAAUUAUCGACGGCGUUAAAUUCACCAUCCAAGAAGAAACUGGAUAUUCUGAAAAGCGGCAUAACGGUACAGAAGGUAGACUUUCCUACAAUACCACAACUGGAAAUUUUGGACCUAGACAUCAUCACCCAGCCGAAAUCACUGGCAAAGGGAAUCUGCAAAAUAUCGUGCAAAGAUGCUAUGUUGCGGAUACAGACUGUUAUAGAGUCGAAUCUUUUGUUGAUUAAUGAGCAAGACACCCCCAGUUUUACCAUGCCGCGGCUGAUUAAUAAUGGAUCAUUCACGAUUCCGAUAACAAUGACAUUUAGUGCCAUCGAGCUGGAAGCUAUCACGAAUAUUUUUGUCAAGAAUCCUGGGAUUGGGAUCUCGUUUAAUGAUGUGGAUUUGGAUUUUAAGUUUGAUUGUUCCAUAAAAAUUUUGCAAAGCACCAUUGAGAGAAGAUUGAAGGAGUCUAUGCAUGUUGUGUUCAAGGAUGUUCUUCCUUCUUUGAUCUUCAACACAUCACAGAAUUGGUUUACUAGUCGCGGCGAGAAUACUAGCACUAUCCCUAGUAAAAAGGAGCAUCACCACCAGCAGACUACUAUGUCUAGAAAUGUUAUUUUGGACGGAUCGGAUUUCCAGGAGCUUUCUCCAAUAAAUAUGCUACGUCUCUCGAGUAUUGUCUCGUCAAGGUCAACGCUAUCACUACAUUCCACGGUGAUGAAUUCUCUUUCUGCUAUACCAGGUUGUUUGGAAAGGCAAAACUUGUAUCGUUUCAUAUCAAGAAUGCCCUCGCUAAACAAUUACUAUUCCUCGCAAUCGUUUGCCCAAACCAAGUCAACGAACGUAUCACCUAAACAGUUAGUGAAGCCAUUUUACUGUUCCCACAAUUUAUUACCUAAAGCAGUGUUAGAUUCAAGUCAGUACGAUUUGACUACGAUAACAAAGAUCCAGUCUAGACUUUUUGAUAGAAGUAAUAGCAACGACGACAAUGCCAAACCAAGGAGAAGAAAGAUUAAGUGCAAGAAGACCCGCACACCGCCUCACGAACAAUCACAAGAAGAAGAAGCUGUUGGUGAUACUACCGCUAUCGAAACAGUAACACUCACACCGGUCUCAACAUCUGUACAUGAGAUUGAAGAACAAUCUCCCCCAUAUUUGAAAACAACGGUAUCAAUAAGGGAUAAAUAUGUCAUUCCGGAAAAAAUAUCGUUAAAUUUUGACACUAAAAAGGAUCCAUCUAAAAUGAGACCCCUCAACUUCAUUGGUUUGAACUCGCAAGAUUCUUCAAAUAAUUGGAAAUGGGGCAUGGAGGAAAGCCCUCCGCCAUACCAUUAA